AUGUAUGUCUGGAAAAUCGACACCGCCAGACUCGCAUCUGGACAGGUAAACGAUACAAAUAAGCAUCUUAUCAGACUCAUGAACUCGGCUCUGCAAGAACGACACAUGGAGCAGGGGUGGUGUUACGAUGAGCCCCUAAUCGGCCAUCCUUUUCUCGAGGUCGUCUUCGCACAUAGCUCUGGGAGAUGUAAGAGCACUGCGUGGCCUAACGACUACGUCUUCCGUCCUGUCAGACCGGAUCUCAAUUCCAACGAAUCCUCUGUCGUGGUCAAUACUGACUUGGCCAGGCUGGCAUCAAGAUACAACAUCCGCAUCAAUGAGCUGCACAAGUUCAUGCGUUUCCCACCCGUCCGAGCCGUCAUCCGCACCCUCCUCAUUGAGCUAGAGCGCCCGGAAGCACAGCCAGGUCCCCAACUGGACGAAGAGGGCAUCAUCAACAGCGUAGACGAGUCGAUACGUGACUCGAGUGCCUCGGAACGACAAGUGUUGCUGACGCAGCCCACCACACUAGGAGAAGAGUUCGCCGAUCGGUCCCUGGUAUCAUGCCUCGUCAAGUUGUGCUCCCAUUUCGAGAGCUGGCUUUUCUGGGACUUUGGGUCCUGUGACGGCCGGUCCAUUGUAGAGGUCCUCGUCGGGGUCGUUGGGCUCUUUUGCAAUGCAUGGGUCCAUGCUCCGACUAUCGACGUGUCCUGGACACGUCUCAGUACGCCCUCUUUGCCUGCUUCCAUUACUCAUGAAGCCAUAAACGACGUAGAGUCCCCUCGUUGUCCUGGUCUCACGCCCGAAAUAUGGUUUCAAUGGUCUCUACUCUACGAUCCCUGGAUCAGACGAUCUCACGCGGCUCAGCUCCUGAGCCUCGACAGAGACCAAGACACUAAACCCAUCGUCAUCCCCGCCCUUAUCGCGGCGGUGUCGCAGCCAGAGCCGGAGAAGGCAGGCCGUGUCGUCGUGAAAUACCAAAAGAAGCCCGAAGAGGAACGCUGGGCGUUCAAAUCCAUCCUCGACUCUAGAUGGACUGGAAAGACACCACGGACUGGGCUGCAGUAUCUCGUCGACUGGGAAUACGCAGAGCCGACCUGGCAGCCGGCGAAGGACCUGUCGGGGUGUGAUCGAUGGGUGGUCGGCUUUCACCGAGGUAAUUACGGGAAGCCUGGCCCGGUGUCUAGAUUGAAGCGCUUUCUCUAA